AUGGCCAAGAUCAUGGUCGAUACAGGAGCGGCGGUCAACCUUAUGCCGUAUUAUACAUAUAGAAAGCCGACAUCACCAGAUUAUAUGAUGCCAAGUUCAUCAGGCCUUGUUGGUAUGCAGAGUGGAUCUCCAACAUCGUACAAGUGCUCAAGAAGAACGUCAAACUCAAGCCUCGGGACACAAGAUGAUCAGUUUCAUGGACGAGAAUGUGUGAUCGGCUUGUUCGAGUGGGUCGUCCUGGCGUCCGGACUGAAGAGCGCUGGAGCAACAUACCAGAGGGCCAUGAACUACAUAUUUCAUGAUCUAAUCGGCGCUUUGGUGAUCUACAUCGAUGAGGUGGUGGUCAAGUCAGACAUGGUGGACGACCAUCUCAAUAAUCUUCGGCGUGUGCUAGAAAGGACAAGACAAUAUGGGCUGAAGAUGAAUCCAACCAAGUGUGCGUUCGUCGUGUCGGCCGGAGAAUUCCUGGGAUUCAUGGAACAUGAGAGAGGAAUCGAGGCCGAGUACGAGGCAUUGAUCAAGGGAUUGGGGUUGCUGAAAGAAAUAGGUGGCGAAGUCAUGGGAGAUUCCCAAUUGGUGAUCGACCAGUUGUCUGGAGAAUGA